AUGUGGCUAGAAGAACCUCAAAGGAAAUCAAAGGGUAUCCGACACCCCAAGCUGAUCCCUUGGGUCUUGGCUGUGGUUUUCAUCUCACUUCUCAGCGCUUGCUUUAUUGCAAGUUGUUUGGUGACUCAUCAUUACUUCUCACGCUGGAUGCAAAGAGCAAGAACGGUGAAGUUCUCAGACUACCACACAAGGCUAACAUGUACCCGAGAGGAGCCAGAGCCCGGAGCUGCAGGAGGUACCUGGAACUGCUGUCCUGUUAGCUGGGUAGCCUUCCAGUCUAACUGUUACUUCCCUCUUAAUGACAACCAGACGUGGUCUGAGAGUGAGAAGAACUGCUCCGGGAUGGGCAGUCAUUUGGUGACCGUCAACACUGAAGCAGAGCAGAACUUUCUGACUGGGCUUUUGGAUAAGCAAUUUCCCUAUUUCCUGGGACUUACUGAUGAGAACGCGGAAGGUCUGUGGCAGUGGGUGGACCAAACGCCAUUUAACUCACACAUGGAAUUCUGGCAUAAGGGUGAACCCAAUAACUUUAUGGAAGAAGAUUGUGUUGUCCUUAUUAAUGUCCAAGAUAAAUGGGCCUGGAAUGACUUUCCUUGUCAUUUUAGGGCCAGUAGGAUUUGCAAGUUACCUGGAGCAACAUUCGGUUGGAAGCCCACAAAGCAGUUGUUAUGAUGGAGAUGGCAAAGAUGAACCUGUCAGACCGGGGAAAGUGUCUAUGCACCAUAGACAUA